AUGAUGAGUGAUAAGGAGAAAGACAAGAGGCUGAGGGAGAUAAAGGAGAGACUAGAGGGGUUAGUGCAGAUAAAAGGCAGAAAGCUGCCUGACACAGAUGCAUUAGGACCCUGGUUAUGGGAGAAGGAGCGGGAGUGUAUAGUUAAGAGAGAUGAGGCCAAGAAACACGAAAACAAAAACAAUAUUCUGACCACUCCCACUGUGCCGGUGCCCAACUCCUAUGUGACCUUGGCAAGUAUUCAUCCAGAUCAGAGUUGGUUCACAUGUAUUGACCUUGCUAAUGCAUUUUUCUGUGUCCCUUUGGCAGAGGACUGCAGAGACAUCUUUUCCUUCACAUAUCGUGGACACCAACUACGCUACACAUGACUACCACAAGGUUUUGCUCUCUCCCCAGGCAUUUUCAAUCAGAUUCUCAGACAGAGUUUGGCUGACUGUGCAUUGCCCGAGAAUGUAACCCUCAUUCAAUAUGUGGAUGACUUAUUGUUGGCAGCACCCUCAGCCUCAGCCUCUCUGGAGGCCACAUGUUCUGUCUUAGCUCACCUGGCAGAUAAGGGGUUCAAGGUCAGUAAAACCAAAUUACAGGUAGCCAGAAGACAGGUUUCCUUCUUAGAAGGGAUGAUCUCUCAAAAGGGGGCUAGCAUGUCCCCUGAACACAGGUCUACUAUUCUCCAUCAUCCCAAACCGUUAAAGGUGAAGGAUAUGCUCUCUUUCCUAUGAUUGACUGGCUACAGUAGAAAUUACAUCCCUAAUUAUACAGGACAGACUAAACCACUAUGCGACUUGGUGAAGGAUCAGGGCAUGCGCAACCUUAACGCUGCCCUGGACUGGAGCCAAGAAGCUGAAUUGGCCUUCAUAAUGCUCAAACAAUUUUCAGCUACUGCUGCAGAACUGGCCAUCCCCGACUACAGCCUGCCAUUCUAUCUAGAUCUCUCUGGAACAGAAAACGUGGUUAACGGCAUUCUGUUCCAGAGAAAAGAGGGAGUAAGAGUGAUACUGAGGUACAUUAGCGUCAUGCUCGAUAACAUGGAAAAAAGACACCCACGAUGCACACAACAUGCGGCAGGGCUAAAGCCUCUCCACAAGAAAAGACAAGAGGAGAAAGCUAGAUUUUGGAGAGGACCAGAUGGUCAGCCUAUUAUUUCCCCAGAGGUAAGGCAAACAGCUUUGGAGGAGGCACAUGGAGUGGGACAUGUAGGGGUGGUUCCAAUGAUGAGAAAUCUGGCAAAUUGGUGGCAUCCUUUUUUGAAAGACAUGGCCCAACACUGGGUAAAGACAUGUGAAAUUUGCCCAAAAUUCAACACCAGACCGACCAUCAGACCAGAGGUAGGUAAGUAUCCUCUUGAGGCAAAGGCAGGGAGAGAGAUUAUCAUAGACUACACAGAUAUGAUAAACUCAGUCAGAGGGUACAGGUAUGUGUUAAUGAGUGUGGAUGCGUAUACCAGAUGGCCCGAAGGGAAGGAGGACAUUAAAUUCCUGGUGAAUCAGUACAUCCCAAGAUAUGGGUUCCCUGAAAAGAUCCGAUCAGACUUCGGGACUCAUUUCAAAAUCCAGGACUUGCGAGAUGUGGAGAAAAUGUUGGGUUUGAAACACUCUUUUGGUACAGUUUACCACCCUCAAUCAAAGGGCAAGGUGAAGAGAAUGAAUCAAACAGUAAAAAACAAAUUGGCUAAAAUCUGUGCACAGACAAAAAUGAAUUGGGAGUUGGAUGCUCUGCUGUUAGCCCUGAUGUCAAUUAGAAGCUCUGUUAACCAGACCACAGGUUUCACCCUUCAUGAUCUUCAAAUGGAAGGGGCUUUCCCCGGCCCAAAUUCAAAGUUGCCAGGAAUGCAAGGUGAUGAUCAAAAUCUAACCCAUAAAGCAUAUUUCCGUGAAUUGCAAGCUCUUCAGGCAGCUCCAUACAAAGCAGCGUGGGUCCUCCUGCGGGUCAUCAAACGCAAGUGGUCAGAGCCAAGGUGGAUGGGACCCUUCCAGGUCUCUGAACGAACCUCACACGCUGUACGCCUGAAAGGUAAAGGAGACACCUGGUUCCACUGGAGCCAGUGUGAAGCAGCAGAAGAGCCUCAACGCUCCCUAACCGAGGUCCAGAAGGAUCUCCAAGCUAAAAACACAGAGCCGGCUGGUUCGGAGAAAAGUCCAUCAACAAAAGGGGCAGAAUAA